AUGGAUGGGAGCGGGGCUUUUGGGACAGCGAGCGUGAGGCUCCGGCAGCCGCGGGGACGUGGCCCCGUGCCCCAGGCCCACCCUGCUCUGGCAUCCUGCUCGCUGGGUUCCAGCCUGGAGAGCUCCCUGCGCCUCAGCCCUGCAGGCUGCCCCAGCAGCUCCCCCACCAACUGCUGUGCUCUCUCCCUCGCAGACUCCCUGUAUGUGUCCGAGUACUUCUCUCAGAGUGCACAGAAGCUCUCCUUCUACAGCUGGUAUGGCAACGCCAAGCUCUUCCACUUCCACGUGCCCGAGGACACCGUGCUGCUGCGCUGGCUCCUGCAGGCAUCCCGGGGAAAGGGCCCUGAGUGCACCAGCAUGGAGAUCACUGUGCACUUUCGGCACGGAGCCCCUCCCGUCAUUAACCCUUUGGGCACCCGCUUUCCUGCCAACGCCACCGUCCGUCCCUCCUACAACAUCAGCAUCACCCUGAGCAGUGCUGUGCAGAACACCACCUUUGUCAACGUCACCACCCCUGCUGCUGGGGACUGGUUCAUCGCCGCCCACCUGCCCCAGGCCGCGGGCAGGAUCGAGGUCAAGGGCUUCUCCACUCCAUGCCCCUAUAUGUUCCAGGCAGAUAUGUUUGUGCUCAGACUCACUGAUAUGCCUGUCCUGGAGCCUGGUGUGCCCAUGCCUCACACCGUUGUCUCGCCUGCUAAGCCACUGCAUGUCAAGGUCUUCGUUCCCAAGCACGCGGCAGCGAUGCGGUUCCAGCUGAGCAGCUGCGUCACCAGCGAGCAGAGAGCCUGCACUGUGAGGGUGCUGCUGGGCUCCAUCACCCUGCCCCAGUCCUUCCAGAGGAGCCUCACCUGCACGGGGAGCACCAACUGCAGCCUGGCCCUGGAGUCGCCCCCCUGGGAGAAGUGGCUGCAGAUCAUGGUGGAGAGUCUGGGCACUGCCAACGCCAGCGUGUCGGUGGAGAUGCUGGCUUCUUUCACAGGUCCGUGCGCUACCGGCUGCUGAACGGCCCCAGCGUGCCCGUGAGCUCCCUGGCCCCCACCCUGCUCCUGCUCAACCUCAACACGGGCAUGGACAGCGGGGGAUCCCUCGUGGUCAGUCUGCUGCUCAACAAGACAUCUGUGAGCCUGGCCAAUGCCACCGUGGCAGCCUGUGUGAGUGCUGCUUCUCCAGUGUUGUCCCUCAAUGCCACACAGAACUGCAGCACAGCUUUCUCCCAGGGCUACCCUCUGAGUGUGAGCACGUCCUCUGCAGAAGCCACGCUGAUUGUCCUGUACCCACAGACCGAUGACUGGUUCCUGUCCCUGCAGCUCCUCUGCCCCAGGGCACAGGGGGGCUGUGCCGGUGCUGAAGGCAGAGUGUCGGUGUUCGCCUACCUCACCCCCUGCUUCAACGACUGCGGCCCCUAUGGGCAGUGCAGCCUCCUGCGCAGGCACGGCUUCCUCUACGCCGGCUGCAGCUGCAAGGCCGGCUGGGGCGGCUGGAGCUGCACAGAUGACAGCAAGGCCCAGACCGUGGGCACACAGAACCUGGCCACGCUGCUGCUCACCCUGAGCAACCUCAUGUUCCUGCCCGCCAUUGCAGUGGCUGUCUAUCGCUUCUACCUGGUGGAGGCCUCUGUCUACACCUACACCAUGUUCUUCUCCACGUUCUACCACGCGUGCGACCAGCCGGGCGUGGCCGUGCUGUGCAUCAUGGACUAUGACACCCUGCAGUACUGCGACUUCCUGGGCUCCGUGGUGUCCAUCUGGGUCACCAUCCUCUGCAUGGCCCGCCUCAAGAAGAUCCUGAAAUACGUCCUUUUCGUCUUGGGGACCCUGUUAAUUGCCAUGUCCCUGCAGCUGGACCGCAGAGGGGUGUGGAACAUGAUGGGUCCCUGCCUCUUCGCCCUCCUCAUCAUGGUUACAGCCUGGGUUCACCACGGAGCAAAGCGCAGGCACUGCUACCCCUCCUCGUGGAAGCGCUGGGUUUUCUACCUCCUCCCAGGGAUCACCUUGGCUUUCAUUGCCAUCUCAGUGUACGCCUUCAUGGAAACCAAUGAGAACUACUACUACACCCACAGCAUCUGGCACGUGCUGGUGGCCUGCAGCGUGGCUUUCCUGCUCCCUCCUCGGGACAAGCAUAAGAAGCCCUGGGCCUGGCCCCAGAAGCUCACGUGUCGCUAUCAGAUCUGCCAGAAUGACCGUGAGGAGCUCUAUGCUGUGACCUGACCUGGCCUGGCCUGGCUGCAGGGAUGGGGAGGCUGCUCCUGCCCCUGGCACGUUGUCACUCCUCUCAUGGGCUCGUCCCCUGGGCAGGAGGGCGCAGCGUGGACUGGGUUUAAAGGUGAAGAUGGUCUGGGCUGGUCUUGUGGAGGCAAGCUUGAGGCCACCUCUGCUUUUCUGCUGGGGUGGGGCAGGCUCUUUGUGGUUCCAGAUCAAGGAAUAGCUUGUUCCCCACUUCCCCAUAGCCCUGGGGGAGAUGGCCAACCCUUCUUCCCCUGCUGCUGCAUCCACAAGGCUUGGGCUUAGCCCACACUGAGCUGGAGCCAAGGCUUUGGCUGCUGGGCUCUUCUCUGCACCCCGUCCUGGCAGAGGAUGGGGGACACCCCUGCCAUCCUGCAGCCAGCACUUGAACCCAAGAGAAGAACAGAAGUUUCUUCUGCUCUGGGGAGCAAAUGCUGCUGAGUGCCCUUGGUGCUGAUGGGGAGGGAGAGCGGGAGCUGAUCUCAGCACGUGCUGGGCCCUUGGCUGCCAUCUCCCUGGGGGUGUGGGGCCUCUCUCCCUCUCAAACAGGUGCUGCUGCUCUUACCUGGUCCUGAUUCUGUGGGGGAAGAAUGAGGCUGGGACUUGGGCCCUGGAUUCAGGAUCAGACCUGGCAGGAAUGUGAAAAACCCCACGUGGGGACAUGCAGGAGACAGCAGCAGCAGCACGUGACACCCACAGCAGUGCAGGGUUUAGUCUGAGUUUAACUUCAGCUCUGGGAGGAGCCAGGCUGAUGGUGUUCAGGGAUUCACUGUGUUCCUUUUUUGGGGGGUUUGGCGUGGGCAGGGCUCUCUCUGGGGCAGCACAGGUGGUUGGGGUGGUGCCUGAGCUGCUCCUCCAGCCUGCUGUGCCCCAGAUCCUGGAUGUGCUGCAGGCUCUGAGGCCUCUGCAGCCCCAGCCCAGCCAGGAGCAUCACAAGGGGCUCCCCGGGUGGCCAGGUCUCCUUUGCAGCGUGUCCCACCUUAGCCUUACUCCAGGGCACGCAGAAAGCAAGGGCAGAACUUGGCAACCAGGGAAGCUGUCUUUGCCCAUCCUUCUUCUACAGAUAAGGGCUCAACUCCAUUCUUGCAGCUGUGUCAGCCUGGUGUGUGCUGCUGGAGCCCCUCCUCAGGUGGCUUUGGGGAGGAGAGAGCUGUUAAUGAAGGAUUUGCCUCCUCGGGGUUCUUUCUCUGCUUUGAAGAGCACCCAGCUCAGCUGUGCACUUUAUCCCUCUGCCUCCCCUUCCUCUGCAAAGUCCCCCUUUUUAAGCAGGCUCAGGACAAGUGAGGGACACUUGUCCACACCCAGCAGUGUCAUCCCCCUGCCACCCGUGUCCCCUGCCUGUCCUUGUGCUGCUGCCAUCCAGGGCAGCACGCUGGGAAGGGGGACACGGGGCCCUCAGGGCUUCCUCCAACUUUUACCACUUUUAGGCACUUUUUUUGUCCCCUGUCUGGGUUUGCACAGCGGUGCUGAGGCCCCAGCACUGUGGCAGGGGAUCACUGCUCCUUCACAGCCGUGCCGUCCAUGCCAGGCCACCAGUGGGACCUGGGGGCCACCAGGGGGACCUGGGUGCCACCAGACUGGUCUGGGUACUGCCAGCAUGACCCAGGUGCUGCCAGUGGGACCUGGGUGCCACCAGGGUGACCUGACUGCUGCCAGUGGGACUUGGGUGCCACUGGUGUCGCCUGGGUACUGCCAAGGUGACCUGAGUGCUUCCAGUGUGACCCAGGUGCUGUUGGUGUGACUCAGGUGCUGCCCAGGUGCCACCAGUGUGACCUGAUGCCACUGACAUGGCCGGGUAUUGCCGGUUAUCAUAGAAAGCAAUAAUUCCUCAUCGGGCCUUUCCCUUCAGGGAUUUCUGUGCUGGAAGCAGGAGAAGCUUUGAGGCAAGAAAUCUCGCUGACAUGAUUGUUUAUUUUAUUUUUAUUUUAUGUAUCAUUCAUUUUUUGCUUUGCCCCCUCCCUGCUGACCCGGCCUUGGUGCUGCAGGAGGGAGGGUUAAUUAUUUUGGGUAAAAUCUGAGCAAAUUCCUGCGUCUGGGAAAAAAAAAAAAGAAAAAAAAAGGUUAUUUUUUUUCUUUGCUGUUAAUACCUGUGAUUAUUUUAUACAGUAAAUUUUAAAGCUUACAGUUUUAUAAUUUAAUAAAGGUGACGGUAUUUGCGGGCA